UCUGUACGAUACAAACCUAUGUCAUGUCUAUCAGAGGACAGGUGCAACUUGUAUCCAAAACUUCUGCGCGAUUGUCAUGGUUGAAAACAGUAAAUAUGGCUAAGUGACGUUGUCCUGGUCAACUGACAGUUGACGCAUGUCAGCAUGACGAAUUGCAUAGACGUCAACACAGUUGAAGAACGUUUCCCAUGUGUAUUUAUAUAAAUGUGAACAGUGUAACAUUUCUAAGCUUACCGCAUGCAUGAUACGAACACCCAAACUGUAGGUGAAUGAUAGGCCUAACAUAUGCAACUGUGGGAUUUAUCCUAAAUUGAAAAGCCCAGCAUGUCUCUUCGUGUGAGAUUAUUGUUCAGCUUUCCACAUUACCAGAUUCUCGCAGUGACUAUAAUUCUAUCAUUGGUUGGUGUGAGUGAAAUUGUGUUGUCUGUCCUUGGUUAUGUACAGAAGAUAUGGGGCUACGAGAUGGGAGGAGGUGUAUGGGGUGGAGCUGCUGCCUUCAUUGCUGGUGUUUCUGGUAUUUUUGCAGCAAAUAAGAAAGGAGUGAGCAUUGUAAGAGUAUUCCUUAUUGCUUCGAUACUAUCAUGUCUUCUGUCAAUUCCUGUGGUGGUGCUAUCAGCUGGAGGACUCGACUUCAGUAGUGGGUUUUACAGUGAUAGAUUGAAGAUUAAUUACAGCUCCACUAAGCUUGUCCAUGGAUUUUUGCUGGCACUAGCUGUGGUUCAAUUCGCCACAUGCCUGGCAACAACUGUUGUCUGUUUGAAGCAUUUAUAUUGGAAUGAAUGGGUAAUAAAAAGACAACAUGCAAAGCAUCUCAGACAAAUAAAACAAGAAAAUCAGGCAAACCGACACCGAGCAAGUCGUAACAGCACAAGUAGCAGUCAAACACUUCUAGGGGCAACAAAUUCUGGAGAAAAUUCAAGUGGUAGGCACCGAAAACACAGACGAAGACAAAGAAGUAGAAACCAUGAAAACUCCAACCAUAGCAAAGAUUCAGUGAUCAAUCGAGCACCACAAUGUGAAGUCCCUGAUGAACAAAGACAAGGUCAGAGUCAUCAAAGGGAAAACAGACUGAAUGCUGCACGUUCACCAUCACAUACAGUUUCAUCUGCAAGUGUUCCACUCAUAUCUGAUGCAUCAAGGAUCCCAGAGGUUGGAUCAAACUUGAUGAGUGUGAACAGUGCAGAGCUACCAUCACACACUGUUGGAGGCAGCAGGUAUGAUUCUUUAAGACCUGAUGCUGAGUUUGAAAGUUUCCAACCUCCUUUACCUAUAGAGGAAGAUGAAGAAUUACCUCCAUAUGAAGCAACAUUAAGGCCAGUAGAUGAUGAAUCAGUGUUUCCAAUGUCGCUGAGUGAAAAUGUUUCUCAUACAAGUUCAACUAUUUCAUCUGGAGAUUAUGAAGUGCAAGCAUGGGACAGUGUCUCUCAAGUAGAAAUGCCCAUGCCAACAAGCCCUACAUCUCCUUAUUUGAAUUGUGUGCAGGAAACAGAUGUCAAAUUUAAAUACUGCCCUACAGCUUCAGUACAAUCUGAUUCUUCUUCACUACCAAUUGGCUCAAAGGUGUUGGUAGACAGUGACAAAAACAAAAUAUUAGGGUAUCAGAAUGACAAAACUAACCAUGCAAUUACUGAUCCACAGGGUGUGUCUUAUCAUGAAUUUACACGGGACCAUGAUCAAAUCCUUGGAAAGGAAAAACAAAGAACACAAAGUUUUCUACGUGAGCGUGCAAUGGCUAGGGAGGGUGCCAAGAGUAGAAAAAGCUCUGUUCAGGACAAUUCUGACAGAGAGGAGGAUACUUUUAUCUCUCCUUUGGACCAUGAAGAAAUGCAGAAACUAUGUAUCGUACCUGAGGCCUAUCAGCCACCACCCAAACCUCGACAGAGUGUGACAGAGCCAUAUACCAUGCAUGAAAUACUACAGCAAAAAGGAUCAGACUUUCCCCAAAAUAAAUAUGACAGUACUGACUCUACAUCAUCUCUUUCAAAAGACAUCCAAUUCAUAAAGGUAGGACCUCCUAUACAGUAUACUCCUUCUGCUGAGAAAAUGCUGCCAGAAAUGACGGCGUCGCCAUUCUCUGAGGUUUCAUGGCACUUACUGAAAGACAUUCCAUUGAGGCAGUCCCAUUCAGAAGUGGUUGUAGCACAGGAUGCCAUACCAAAAACACAGCCCAGUGAUGGAGCCGUGCCUCCUGGUAUUCAAAAUCGUGUGGUCAAGAGCGAACUGCAAAAUUCAAGAAAUUUGGCAAAUGCAGUAUCUAAAGGUUGCAGUUCAAGUAAUGUUUCCAAAUCAAUUAACAAUGGACAAAGGCAGCUCCAUCAACUACCAAGGUUUUCUUACCCACCAAAAUCACCAAACAAUUCAACUAUUUUAUCAGACAAAUGUUCUCCCAGUCUACAGGUUAAUCCAAACUCUUCUACGGGAAAAGAAAGUGGACAAUCUUUUUGUCUAACUGCAAUUAACAUGUCUCAGUUUUCACCAACUCAGACAAGUACUUUGAAGAAAGAUGUGGAUGAUCGUGUUGGCAAAUCAAAGGCAGCAUCCACCAGUGGAUUGGACCCUUUUACAAGUCCUAUUACCUCAUUCAAAAAGAAAUCCAAGUCUCCAGAUCAUAACAGAAGAAACUUUGAAGCUAAUGAUUUGGACAAGGUGGACAUCAGUAAGGAAAGCAGUGACAAACUAUCCUCGGCUAGUGUUUCUGAUACUUGUGAUCCUUCAGGUGUAUCAGUUAAUAGACAUCUCGACCCUGUUAGAACUGAUCCAUUAGACACCUCAUGUAAUUUAAAGGUAGGAGGUGCUGCUCCUGGGUUCUCCCUAAUUGACACUAAAUUUUCAUACAAGUCAAUACCUUCAAAACCAUAUUCUGUUAAUCAAUUAAGUCCUACACAACAGUCCAGUCCUACACAACAGUCCAGUCCCACACAACAGUCCAAUCCUACCACUACACAACAAAACCCAUCACAACAGUCCAAUCCUACCACUACACAACAAAACCCUUCACAACAGUCAAAUCCUACUGCUACACAACAAAACCCUUCACAACAGUCCAAUCUAUCACAACAGUCCAAAACUACUGCUACACAACAAUACCCUUCACAAUCAGUCCAAUCCUACUGCUACACAACAAAACCCUUCACAACAGUCCAAUCCUACCGCUACACAACAAAACCCUUCACAACAGUCCAAUCCUACCGCUACACAACAAAACCCUUCACAACAGUCCAAUCCUACCGCUACACAACAAUACCCUUCACAACAGUCCAAUCCUACCGCUACACAACAAAACCCAUCACAACAGUCAAAUCCUACUGCUACACAACAAAACCCUUCACAACAGUCCAAUCCUACCGCUACACAACAAAACCCUUCACAACAGUCCAAUCCUACCGCUACACAACAAUACCCAUCACAACAGUCCAAUCCUACCGCUACACAACAAAACCCAUCACAACAGUCAAAUCCUACUGCUACACAACAACAAUCACAACAGUCAAAUCCUACCGCUACACAACAAAACCCACCACAACAGUCAAAUCCUACCGCUACACAACAAAACCCACCACAACAAUCAAAUUCUGUACAACAAAGUAAGCCUAUGUAUAGUUUGCUGUUAUGAUCUGAUAUGAAUACAUGUAGUGCUAACAUGUACAAUGUAAAUAUAAUGUAAUUCUAACAGACAAAUAUAUUCUGCUAACAUCAGUAUAUGGCCAUGUUUCUUACAAUCUAUGAGAUGCUUGUUACUAAGAAAUACAUAUUGGGGGUUAAUUUCUCCAGUCAGCUGAUAGUUAAAAAAUUCUACUUGUAUGUAUCCAGGAUGCAGUUUAAGUGCUUCAAUAAUUUUUAGCUCGCCUAGUCCUAAGGUAGCAUAUCAUUAUGGGGUGGAGAUUCAAAAUUGUACAAAUGGGCCAAUAUAUAUAUGAUAUAAAUGACUUCUCUAAAACUAUGUAUGGGAUAUUGCUCAUAUUUGAAAUGUAGCAUCCCUCUUUGGGGUAGGGAUUCAAAAUAAAUGUAGUACAAAUGAAUGUUUCUGUGUUUUGUCUUUGAAGCAGUUGUGAUAUUUUCCCCAUAACCAUAAAUAGCAUUUUUUGACAUCAACAAAUAAAGCUAUUAACAAAUUGAAUAUGAACAUAUUUUGACUUUUGGUCAUAUCCAACCAGGUGAGGGAUACAGGCACUCUGGGCCUCUUGUUUGAGGCCGAUUUGAUGGUAUAUAGUACACUUGCCUUUCACCGUGUGGGUUUUCAUACAUAUUUUUAUUUCCUGCCACAGUAAUUGGACCCACAAUAUUAUGCACUUUCAUCUCUGUCAACAAGAGGUGAUAUACAUCGUAACAAUUAAGUAACUUUUACAUUAUUAUGAUUUCUGCUUUCAAGAUAAUAUUCUCUAUUUUGUGGUCAGUACUGAGUGCAUGGUAAUUCUUUAUUGUGUGGUCAGUAUACUGAGUGCAUGGUAAUUCUUUAUUGUGUGGUCAGUAUACUGAGUGCAUGGUAAUUCUUUAUUGUGUGGUCAGUAUGCUGUGUUCAGGUAAUUUGUGUGAUCAAUGCACUGCCUACUAUUGAAGCUCUGGAGGAACUUUUUUUUUAUUCCAAUUGCCUUUUGUCCAUUGCCGUCCUUCAUCUGUCAUCUGUUGUGUAUCAACUGUUUGAAGCAAACAAUUUACAUUUUCAACUUCUCAAUAACCAUUGAUUAACAGCAGUUGAGCAUGUGAUGGGUUGUUAAUUAAUAUUUUACCCCAGUAAACUUCUGUAGUGUGUUUUUAAGGACUAUGAUAUGUACUGAUAUAUAUUUAUAAUAUUCCUAUAUAAAUACCAGUAUUUAGCUUUCCUGGGGGAAUACAGUGCUAAUACAUUUUGAUAUUUGAUACCAUUUGUCACAACUGUACAUCAGAGGGACUCUAUAAGUCUAUGAUACUUUGUAAUGUAAUGAGUGUAAAUGAAUGACUUACAACAGACCUAUAUUGUUCCACCUCUGUGGUAGUAUUGUCUAUCUGUGGUGAUAUCAUAUCUCAUUGUGUUAACACUAUCCAUAAAAUAAUAGCAAACAUCCUGCUUUUUAUGUGAAUUUACUGGUUGUGAGCUACAUUUGUACCUCGGGUCAUGAUUGCUUUAUGUGUUGGUAAACCUAAUAUUUUGUAAAGGGGGAAAAAAUAAUUAUAGCUACAUGUAGGUUAUGUAUGUCGAAUAGAAAACAGAUGUAAACCUGUUGUUUAGUAAAGAUACCUCUGUUCAAUAUGGCUACAUCAUAUAUGUAGCUAAUUUCAUGUUGAAGAGAAUGCAAAUGUAAACCUAACAUUUUGUGAAGGGGUCUCUGUCAGUUCUGUAAUAUCACUAAUUCUAUUAAAUGAUAUCGCUUAAUGAAUUAAUGAUAUCACUUAAUUGAAUUAAUCAUAUCAAUAAAUUAAAUUAGUGUUAUCAUUAAUUCAUUUAGUGAUAUCACUAAUUUGAAUUAUUGAUAUCACUAAAUCCGUUUAUUAAUAUCAUUAAAUGUACAGAAUUAAAUAACAUGAAUUCGAAUUAUUGAUAUCAUGAAUGCGUGUGGUAGCCGCAGUAAAUAAUUAUUUAUCCCCAUUUUGUGCAGGAUUACACUUAAAACCUAAGAUGAACUAUAUAUAGCAAUUGCUGUUUGUUUUGACAAUUAUUUACCUCUUUAAAGUUAGAUCGAGAACUGAUCCAUAUUACUGUUAUCAUUUAAUGAGAUAAAAUACAUAAUAAAUGUUUUGGCUAUAAAAAAAAUAUGAUUUUUUUUUAAAUUGCCACAUUCAAUGAGAACCGCCAUUUUGGACAUUCUUAGAGGGAGCAGUCAUUUUCCCAAAUAUUUGUGAAUUAAUGAUAUCAAUAAUUUGAAUUAAUGAUAUCAGUAAUUUGAAUUAAUGAUAACAAGUAUUCAAAUUAAUGAUAUCAAUAAAUAAGAUUAUUUUUUUAUUGAUAUCAAUAAUUUAAAUUAUUGAAUAAUAUCCAAAGCUGUUGUAUUAGGGUGAAUAGAGUAUUUAUGCUGACCAUGACAAUGUGUAUAUCAUAUACUUACACCUAUAAAUGUUAUAUGUUUGUGCCAUAUUCAAUGACAACUACAUGUACAAUGUACCUUUUGUGUAUUUUUAUAGAAUUGUUUGCAAUACAUGAUUUCUAUGUGCUGUAAACGUAUGAAUAAAAUAUAAUUUCAUUUGCUAUAUUUCAUUUCCUUAAAAUAUUUCCAAACAUGAAAAUUAAAAAUGAAGAAAAAUAAUA